AUGUAUCUAGGCCGUCCAGCACCCUCAUCUUCUGCUGCGUCAUUUUGCGCCUUCGCAAAGAAUACCAUUCACUCCUCAAUCGACACUGCAGCAGACACUGCUCGCCUCGUGUUCAGCUUCGAGUCAUUACUCGUUGUCUCUCUACUCGCCUUCCUUGUCCUUGGAGUCGCUUUCUUCAUGCUCCUUUGGUCGCUUGUCACUGAAGAGGAGGAGGACAACCACUACUACCGACACGCCGAAUCUGGCGUCUACCACCAAUAUACCGGGGAUGACCGCUGGGUCUCUGUCCCCGUCAUUCUCAUGCCCCGCUCAACACCAUCGAGAAGGAAACACGAUGAAAAACACCAUCGACACUAA